AUGGCCUCCUCAGUAUUUUUCAAGUUCAAGUCCCAGAAGGACGCUCAGCAAAUCAAGUUCGACGGUACUGGUAUCUCCGUCUUCGAGCUCAAGCGUGAUAUCAUUAUCACAAGCGGUCUAGGUGAUGGUACAGAAUUCGAUCUCAUAAUCUACGAUGAAGACGGAAAAGAAGGCAAGUCUUACUCAACUAUCCCAGAAUACGAUGACGAUACAGCCAUCGUACCCCGUUCGACGACCGUUACGGCCCGCCGCCUGCCUGCCAUCAAGAGAGGUGCCGGACGUGCGCAGAGAUAUAUGACUGGCAAAAUGCCACUAAACGCGAAAAACUCGUCGCGCAAGGAGCAGGCAAAGCAACAUGCAAAGGCAAGCGCUACAAGUAACGCCAUGGCACAGAUGAACAAUGCCUCCAUGACAGAAGAGGAGCGCAUGAACGCCAUGUUCCAAGCCCAGACUGAACAAUGGAACGAUCAACUGCAGGAGAUGGGAAAGCAAACAAAGAUUUAUCACCACAACAAUCACAAGAAGACCUCGGAUAACGAGCCGCCUCCAGGUUAUAUCUGCUAUCGUUGUGGAGAGAAAGGGCAUUGGAUCAAGGAGUGCCCGACGAACGAUGACCCAACUUUCGAGAAUAAGCCUCGUAUCAAGCGUACAACUGGUAUUCCCAGAUCAUUCCUCAAGACCGUUGAUAAGCCCACGGCUCUUAAUGGAGAUGGUACGGAGGAUUCAAAGCCACCUUCUGGUAUCAUGGUGAACGCGGAGGGUCAAUUUGUCAUUGCUGAGCCAGACAAGGCAUCCUGGGAGCAGUUCCAAGCAAAGACCAAGUCGUCUGCUGCGGCGCAGAAGGCUGCUGCGUUGGGGGACAAGGAGUUGCAGGAUAGGGGAUUGGAGUGUUCCAUCGACAAGAGAAUAUUCAUAGACCCAAUGAAGACGCCCUGUUGUGAGAAGACAUUCUGCAAUGAAUGCAUUACUAACGCGCUCAUUGAGAGCGACUUCACUUGUCCUGGUUGCCAGACUGAAGGCGUGUUGAUUGACGAUCUGACGCCUGACGAUGAGACUUCUGCCAAGAUCAAGGUCUACCUGGAAGAGAAGAACGCUGCCUCCAAAGCCGAGAAACAAAGAUCGAGCAGUCCGAGCGUGAAGCCUGAGACCACACCAGCACCUGAUGUGAAGGCGAAGUCCAAGUCACCCUCUCCACCAGCCAAGGGCAAGUCGCCACCAACAUCAUCAUCAACAACAACAACAACAACCACCUUAACCACACCCACAGCCGAUAACAAGGCUCCUGUAAAUGCAAGCAACCCCAAGAAACGCCCAGCGGAUGAGCUGCUUGAGAACCCCAAGAUCCCGAAAGGACCAAAGGCAAUGCAACAGCAGCAAGCGUUGCAAAAUCAGCAACAGAUGAUGAAUGGCAUGAACGGAUUCCCUCCCAUGCCUUUCGCAAUGCCCAACCAGUUCUACGGUCCUAGCGGCUGCUUCAACGGUAUGCCAAAUAUGAUGAACAACUUCGGCAUGGGCAUGGCAAAUCCCAUGAUGAUGAAUCCCAUGAUGGGCAUGAACGGCUUCAAUGCCUUCCCCAAUAUGAACAGCUUCAACAACUUCAACGGUAUGCCUAACAUGGGUAUGAUGAACGGCGGUGGAAACAUGGCCAACGGAGCCAUGCAACGACCUAAUAUCAACGGAGGAGGAGGACCGCCCGCUGGCCAGUUCCCUAACCAGCAAAAGACAGUCUUCUCGGAGCCGCUACCGAAUGAAGAGGACAAUGCCUAUUUCCGCAAGCCGGUUAACCCGCAUCGUCACCAGGGACGACAACGUAGGGCGAGACCGAGCGAUUACCGGGAGCUAUAG